AUGAAACCAAACACAGGAGUCAACUGCUAUCAAUGUUUCAACAAUUACAUAUAAAAAUAUGUGUGAUCAUAAUCCUGCACCUACACAUAACAUGGUCCUACCAAGUGUACCAUCUGGACGCCGACGAAGAAAAUGAAGUGCUGUCGAAGUUGAAGCAAGUCCUACAAGGCUACGACAUACCGAACUAUGCAGAAGUCAAGCCGAAGAAGAGCCGACACAGAUUCAAACCCGCAGGCAAGUCAAUGUUCGUGAAAAGGAUCAUACCGCACGGGUACAAGACGGGAGAGCACGAAUACGACUCCCGGCUGAACACAGUAUUUAAACCUCUGUUCAGAUACCACAUAACCAAACCCAGUGCUGGAGACGAGAAGUCCGUUGUACGAAUGGAGCCGAAGAUACGUGACACAAACAACGAUCUAGUCUCGCUCAUGAAGAAAGAACCCAACUCCCAAGAUCUACUGCCACAUUUGAAAAAAUAUCUUGAACACGAUAUAAAAGAAAAACUAAAAUGGAAGAAAACUAAAAAGAGAUUCAAGUCGCUUCUAGACAGGUUAAGUUUAAAGGACGAAUUGAAAUUGCUAAGGGCUUUUGACAUUGAUAAGUCUGGUGAACUGCACGACCCGUUCGCUCCGGGCAAAGUACCGGACUAUUUAGGUAAUGGCAACAGUGAGCAGACACCAGACGCGGCAGACCAGCCGGGAUCAAAAGUUGUGAUACCUUCAUAUCCAUUUUGGAAUUAUUGGACGUACCAAAAGACAAUAGUCCAAGACAACUGUCCAGGUAACCUCGUCAAACAGGGCAACAUGUGUGUCUCGCCCAUUGGUCAUCGUAAAAACGCGAGGAGAUUAAGAAGGCAGCCAGAACGAGUACUGCGAUAUGGAUUAUUCUAGUAGCAAUUUGUAAACGAAAUAAA